GGCACUGGGAGGCAGGACUGCAAAGCGAGAGGAGACCUCUCUGCUCUGCUCUCCCAUUGGAGUUAUUGUGGAAGAGGCUGAGGAAGAAGAGGGUUGAGGAAUAAAAUGGCUUUCACCGCAACAGUCCUGAUGCUAAUAGCUGGCAGUUUUCACGUUGAUGGCGGAACUCUUGCUGACUAUACCCCUCACAUCACCCACUGGGAUCUGGAAGGGAAGAUCACCACAACUACAUUUGUCCUGGAGCAACCACGCUGCAACUUCACUGACAUUGGAGAAGAUGACAGGAUCUGGCUGCUAGUUGCCCGUAGCAGCGCCUAUGAAAAAUUUACCCUGCCUGAAGCCCCUCAGAAUCUAUCCUACCAGGAGUUCAGCAAGAACUCCUAUUAUAUGACCAUGGACACCUCUGUACUCAGUUACCCUUGUGCAACAUCGCCACAGGAGAUCACUGUUUUACGGGUCGGAAACGAAACCUCGUGCAUAAAUACCUCGAAACCAGACUGCAAUGGCCCCCUGCCGGACCCUGGACCCUACCGAGUCCGGUUUAUUGCAAUAAGACCCAAUGGAACCAUGUUCCCAUCUCAAUGGUCAGACGAAAUCAGGUUGAUUCAAGGGAGGGACUACACCACCAUUAAAACAAAGCCAAGAUGGCGGAGCAGAGGAAUGAUUGCCAUCACGUCCAUCCUCUCGAUCCUGUUUGCUAUUCUCUUGGCAUCCUUCAUUGCUGCCCUGAUCUAUAAAUAUUCCGACAUCUGUGGCAAAGCCGAUAUUAUGAGCGUACGGGAUACGGCGACAGUGACCCGCUACACCACCCACCAUAUGUACGAUCAUCCUACAUCCAAAUCAUGAGUUUCUCCAUUCAUCACCCUCUUCCUUCCGGCUCCUCUCCUCUUCUGUUCAUUGGGACCAUGCAAGGAGCCUGACUGGAGGGCUGAAGCAGGACAUCUGAGAGCCAAGCUACAAGUGACGCCUGACACAGGUUGGACACUUGUCAGCUUACCUCAAGUUUUGAUGGGAAAUGUAGGCGUCCUGGUCUUACAGCUUAAUUGAAGUUUACAGGAACCCCCCCCACACACACACCCAGUGGAGGGGAAGGGGGGUGCCUGGUAAGAGCCCAACGCCUGCACUCCCCUCCUGACCACAUGUUCUCCCUCCCAUAGACUGCCGCUCUGUAAACUUCAAUUAAAUGGAGAGCCAAGCUGCAACCAGGAUGCCUACAUUUCCCAUCAAAACUUGAGGGAAGCUGACAAGUGUCCAACCUGUGUCAGGCGUCACUUGUAGCUUGGCUUAUCUUCUCAGGUCUGGAGAUAGGAGAACCAUAAAUCGUCACCCAGUGAAAUCUAACCUUUGGGGUGUCUCUACAUUCUACUGGUUAUAAACUAGUUUAACCGUGCCUAUAGCAUCCUGGCAAUUGCAGUUUUGGAGAAGGUACUGAGAGCUAUGAGGUGGUAAUCCCUAGCUCUCCUUUCUCACAGAACUACAAUUCCCCCAGAGUGAAAGAACAACUAUUUAACCAGUUUGGUCUGAAAUGCAGAAAUACGGGUUGCAAAUGACCUGGGGAUGCUCAAGUGCAGGAUUUUGUGUGUGGCCCUCAAUUUACGUGCAUGCUGCUUUCACAGGAGCUUCCGUUGUGUGAUUGCAUUUGCGAGUACAAACACCAAGUUGGGAGGGUAGAGCUCCAAUUCAGCUCUGUUUUCGCAGGGAGAACUCUCAGGGACUCUGUAGAUUAAGUAUUUUAUUUAGGCUCCUCUCACUUGCCAAUUUACAUUUCUUUAAGGUGUGAGAAAGUGUCAUGAUCUGCAUUUCAAUGAAUGGAUGUGGGAGGUGGGGGAAACUGGCAGGUGCAAACAGCCUGGGAUACUUUUAGCAGUUGAGGAGGAACUGAUAUUGAAUGCGUGAAUGUACUCAAGCGGAGCAAACUGAAGUGUGACUGUGCGAGUGAGUGCAUGGGAAGUUGGAGGGGGGACAUGUGAAAUGAGAUUCACUUGAGCAUCCCUAGGUACUUUGUAAUGUGUAUUUCCACCUCUAGUUUUAUUUAAAGGAUUGUUCCUUACUCAAAAACCUUGUGACGCCUUUGACCAUAAUGGAGAUACCGCUAUUUUUCAGCACCCCCUAGCUGCAUAGAAUGGGAGUGGCCCACUGUCCCUUGCCUGUCAUCUGCCAGCCGUUCUGGGUCUAUCAAAUAAAUCAUGCACCUGGUGCUUCCAUCUGUAUCUGGUACCCAAGAUUGGUAACAAUUGUUGGCAUUGUUGGGCAUCAGGAGUUGGCAUCACUGCGAGAUGGGAGAGCUGCAAAUGUCUGGCCAGCUGUAGAAGGAAAGAUGCUUGUGUCAUCCAGUUAAAGAAAUCUUGAUUAAAAUCCUGACAAUCAGUCUGGAGAGGUACAUUCACAACCUUGGCAGAGAGGAUAGUUAAUGUCUGAGUGGUGGAGAGCCGAUUAGGACCAGAGAGACCCAGGUUCAAAUUACUGCUCAACCAUGAAGCUCACUGGGUGACUUGGUGGACCAAUCACACUCAGCCAAACUAACCUACCUCACAGGGCUGUUGUGAGGAUAAAAAGAAGAGGGGAUAACAAUGUAAGCCAUAGAUAAAUAAGUAAAUGUCGCUUUUCAGCUGAAGCCCACCUCCAUUGUUUUUAAAAAAAGAUUACAUUUUUGGAAAAUGCUGUUUCCUAGUUAAAUGGGAGGGGGGCAUUUUUAAAACGAAUUUUAAUCAUACAGAUCAAUUAGUUAAAAAUCGCAGCAGACCCCAUGAUACAGCAGCAAUAUUGCCCCAGUAAAUGGGACUUAAAAAAAAAGAACUAGAUGCAAACUUUACUCUGUGACUAGGAAUUGAAAUAUUAAGCCAGCACAAAGAAGACCUCCUAAAAUGAGGGUGUAUACCACUAAGAAACGAGCCAGGGUCCUUUGGGCUUGCUGUAGGACUUUGGCCAUAAGUCUUGAACUUCUUUUCUCUUCCAGCAUAGCCAGCGUCACUGGCCCUGAGGGGUCUUGGUGGAUAAUAGUAGCCCCAAAGAAAGCUCUCAGGCCGAAUGUCUGGAACGUUCAGAAUGGUUGUGUGUCGUUUCUUGGCUUGGUUAUCUUUCCAUCAUUCAUUUGAGAUUACGGUCUUCCUGUGGGAGAGGAAUAUAUUAGAUUUUGUUAAUCUGGCACGUUCAAGAAAAGUUGAAGAGGUGCCAACAUUGAAGGAGGAGGGCCUUCUCUGUUAUUGUCAAGAUUUCCACUUCUGCCAUGCAAACUUUGAAACACUUAAAUCACACACACACGCACGCACGCACGCACGCACACACACACACACACACACCUUUUACUAGUGUCUGUAAUAUCAUCAAUACUAACCCUCUCUUCUUUCCUAAGUCCAUCGUUUCAUGUAUAUUUUAUUUUAGCUUCACAAUAUCUAUAAAACAGACAUGAACCACAAUGUUCUUAAACAAUAGUGCUGAACUAUAGCCAGACCUUUUAAGAAAGGUAACAACUGCCCUGUUGAUGCUUUUAGAAGUACAGAAAGACUAACUGGUUGUUAAUAUUUCAUUAUUUUA